AUGGAUGGUACGUCGAAAGCCGACGGCCAAGCUUGUAUUCUUGACGGCCGAUACGCCAAUAAGCUGAACCCUAUACCACCCCCCGUCGAAAUAUUCCAUCCAGCUUUCGCCGCCUUUAUCGCCGACUCGCAAAAUCCUAAUCUCGCUGUGCCAGUCGAGUUUCUCCGAAAACUCCCAAAGCUCAUGACUGUGUUGUCUAAAAUAUCCACGAGCGAGGCGAACCGUACCGCAGCGUGCGACGUCCCUCUACAAGAAGCGUUGGGGUUCGGAUUGGCGCCCAUGUGCUCUGGCUCUGGUGGCCAACCGGACUUAGGGCGAACGUACACACGCGUGACAGAGCCCUUGGGCACUGCGCUCCUCACCCUCAUCGAGGAGAAAAGCGAGCCUGGCAACGGCAACGAUCCAUGCGUUCAGGCUUCCUUCGCGUAUGCCAAUUAUUGGACCUCUAAUGUGCAACGGGAGCUGCUCAUGGCGUGUUUUGCCCCAUCAUUCCUCAUCGGUUUUGCGGGACCCAGCAUUUGUAUCUGUGCCGGCAUCUACCCUAACUCUCACAUUGUCCAUCACACCCUCGACCACGCAAAGAUCUUGCGCAUCGGGCGCAUCUUCUGGGCAUUCAAAAUGGCAACCGAGCGACUGCAGAAGAACUACGUCGAUCUCCGGCCACCGGAAGACGAUACCCGCCGCUUUUAUCCUCUCGCAACGCAGUAUAGACGCGGGGAGGAUACGAUCGACUUCGAGUACAUCGGCUUCCUCAAAUCUCCCGGGGAGAGCUGCGCCAUAUUUCUCGCUCGAGAAUGCCGCGCUCCUCAACGCAAGAUCGUGGUCAAGUUCGUCGAGCGCUACGGCGCGGUCGCGCAUACGCUCCUUGCUGACAAGGGCCUUGCGCCUCCGUUGCUCUACUUCGGAGACAUAUGGCUCUCUGGACCUGAGCAGCGAGGAUGCGGCAUCCGCAAGAUGGUCGUGAUGGUGCACGUCGAGGGCCAGACGCUGCUGGACGCGAUGCCGGUCACUCCAGAUGGUCAGUUAGGUCCCACCCCGGCCGGCGUUUAUACGGCGGUACGGCGGGCGGUGGACGCGUUGCAAGCACACGAUCCGCCUCUGGUGCACGGGGACAUACGAUACAUCAACAUCCUGAUUGCAGCCGACAAGGAAGGGGCGGGCGGGAGCGUCGAGGUGCGUGUGAGGAUUAUAGACUUUGACUGGGCUGGAGUGGCGGGCGAGGUGCGAUAUCCGUUCAACCUCUCGGCGGACAUCAGGUGGCCGGAGGGAGCAAGCGACUACGCUCCGAUCAUGGCCGCGCAUGAUGAUGAGAUGGCUGAACACUUGCGAUGA